UGGACCAAACCUAUGCUGUACCUGGCAGGAAGCUCUUUGACAGCCUCGUGCUGCUCACGGAUACCAUCGCCUGCACGCGGGUCAGAGGAGUGGAUGCCCGGCUGGUCAUCUUCGGAGCAGGAAAAAGCCUUUGACAGCAUGCUACACAGGACAUCAGCAGACACCAUGGACUUUCAAACACUUCCGAAGAUCAGGGACGAAGAGCGUGAGAGCAGCGUGGGAUAUGUCCAUGGAGUCUCAGGUCCAGUUGUUGUGGCUUCCAACAUGUCGGGUGCAGCAAUGUACGAGCUGGUACGUGUCGGCCAUGAUGAGCUGGUGGGGGAGAUUAUCCGUUUAGAGGGGGAGUUGGCCACCGUUCAAGUCUACGAAGAAACAUCUGGCGUGUCUGUCGGAGAUCCAGUCCUGAGGACGGGUAAGCCCCUCUCGGUGGAACUGGGUCCCGGCAUCAUGGGCGCCAUCUUUGACGGCAUCCAGCGGCCCCUGAGUGACAUCAGCCUGGAAACAGGAAGCAUCUACAUCCCCAGGGGCAUAAACGUCCGAGCCCUCAGCACAGAGAAGAUGUGGGAGUUCACCCCUGCACAGGGACUCCGGGUGGGCAGUCAUGUCACCGGGGGAGACGUCUUUGGCACUGUUGUGGAGAACUCCUUGAUUCAGCAUCGCAUCCUGGUCCCCCCACCCACCCGAGGCACCGUCAGCUUCAUCGCCCCACCUGGAAACUACUCCGCCAAGGACGUGGUGAUGGAGCUGGAGUUCGAGGGGCAGAAGGAGCCGCUGACUUUGGUCCACCUGUGGCCCGUGCGCCAGGUCCGGCCCGCCGCUGAGAAGCUGCCCAGUUCACAGCCUCUGCUGACUGGCCAGAGGGUGCUGGACGCCCUCUUCCCGUGUGUGCUCGGGGGCACCACAGCCAUCCCUGGCGCCUUUGGCUGUGGGAAGACGGUCAUUGCCCAGUCCCUCUCCAAGUUCUCCAACAGUGACAUCAUCGUCUACGUGGGCUGUGGGGAGCGCGGCAAUGAGAUGGCCGAGGUCCUGCGUGACUUCCCCGAGCUGACUCUGGAGGUGGAGGGGAAGUUGGAGACCAUCAUGAAGAGGACCACACUCAUUGCCAACACCUCCAACAUGCCCGUGGCUGCCCGUGAGGCCUCUAUCUACACCGGUAUAACCAUCUCGGAGUAUUUCCGUGACAUGGGUUACAACGUCAGUAUGAUGGCGGACUCCACCUCCCGCUGGGCUGAAGCUCUCCGUGAAAUCUCUGGUCGCCUCGCUGAGAUGCCUGCAGACAGUGGGUACCCGGCCUAUCUUGGUGCCCGUCUCGCCUCUUUCUAUGAGCGGGCAGGACGGGUGAGAUGCCUGGGCUGUCCGGAGAGAGAGGGAAGCGUCAGCAUUGUCGGAGCAGUGUCACCCCCAGGAGGGGAUUUCUCGGACCCAGUCACCGCUGCCACCCUCGGCAUCGUCCAGGUGUUCUGGGGACUGGACAAGAAGCUCGCCCAGCGGAAACACUUCCCCUCUGUCAACUGGCUGGUGAGCUACAGCAAGUACAGCCGACUGCUCGACGAUUACUACGAGAAACACUUCCCCGAGUUUGUCACUCUCCGGAACCGUGCCAAGGAGAUCCUGCAGGAGGAGGAGGACCUGGCGGAGAUCGUGCAGCUGGUCGGCAAGGCAUCCUUGGCUGAACUGGACAAGAUAACUCUGGAGGUGGCCAAGUUGCUCAAGGAUGACUUCCUGCAACAAAACGGACACGCCUCGUACGACAGGUACUGCCCUUUGUACAAGACGGUGGGGAUGCUGAAGAAUAUCAUCGCCUUCUACGACUUGGCCCGUCACUCAGUGGAGACCACGGCCCACUCCGACAACCGCCUCACCUGGUCCCUCAUCCGGGACAAUAUGGGUGAUGUCCUGUACAAACUGAGUGCCAUGAAGUUCAAGGACCCAGUCAAGGACGGGGAGGUAAAGAUCAAGUCAGACUACACCCUCCUCCUGGAAGAAAUGCAAAACGCCUUUCACAACCUGGAAGACUAACAGCAGUACAGGGCAGCGGCUCUGCUGGGAUCAGGGCCCCCACCUCACAAACCCCCUGCUGGGAUUGGGGCCCCCUCCUCACUAACCCCCUGCUGGGAUUGAACUGCCACCUCACAAACCCCCUGCUGGGAUCGAAGUCCCCACCUCACAAACCCCCUGCUGGGAUCGAAGUCCCCACCUCACAAACCCCCUGCUGGGAUCAGAGUCCCCACCUCACAAACCCCCUGCUGGGAUCAGAGUCCCCACCUCACAAACCCCCUGCUGGGAUCAGAGUCCCCACCUCACAAACCCCCUGCUGGGAUUGAGGCCCCCUCCUCACUAACCCCCUGCUGGGGUUGAACUGCCACCUCACAAACCCCCUGCUGGGAUUGAAGUCCCCACCUCACAAACCCCCUGCUGGGAUCAGAGUCCCCACCUCACAAACCCCCUGCUGGCAUUGGGGCCCCCACCUCACAAAUCCCCUGCUGGGAUCAAAGUCCCCACCUCACAAACCCCCUGCUGGGAUCGGGGCCCCCACUGGGAUCAGGGCCCCCACCUCACAAACCCCCUGCUGGGAUCGGAGCCCCCGCCUCACAAACCCCCUGCUGGGAUCGGGGCCCCCACCUCACAAACCCCCGCUGGGAUCAGGGCCCCCACCUCGCAAACCCCCGCUGGGAUCAGGGCCCCCACCUCACAAACUCCCUGCUGGGAUCGGAGCCCCCGCCUCACAAACCCCCUGCUGGGAUCAGGGCCCCCACCUCACAAACCCCCGCUGGGAUCAGGGCCCCCACCUCACAAACCCCCUGCUGGGAUCGGAGCCCCCGCCUCACAAACCCCCUGCUGGGAUCAAAGUCCUCACCUCACAAACCCCCUGCUGGGAUCGGGGCCCCCACCUCACAAAGCCCCUGCUGGAAGCAGGGCCGAAAACUUGCAAACCUGCUGGAUAAAUAAAAGCAAUGCUU